AUUAUAAAAGUAGUAUUGAUUGUAAAAAAACAAGCUAAUUAAUUAUAAUUUUUAAAUUUUUGGUUUAUUUUUUAGAAAUUAUUCAGAAAAAACAUCAGAAAAUCAAUUAUAAAUAGAUAAAUCUCUCUUAUCAAAAUUAAUAUAAAAAUGUUUAUUAGUAAAAGCACUGAUAUAAUUGAAAUAAAGGAGCUCGAAGAGUUGGAUACUUUAAAGGAUAAAAAAUCCAUUAAAUAGCUCUUUAUUAAUUUUGCAGAGCGUAAGUUUAUCAUUAGUGGAGUUAAAAAGUUUGCUAAAACAGUGCAUGAAUUAAGCGAUUUGUAGAAACUUGAUCAACUGCAUACAUUAAUAUUAGACUUUUCUAAAAAUGAGAUAGGCUCAUAUGGCUGUGAAAUUUUAGUCAAACCAAUGAAAAAGCUAUAUAGAAUAAAAAGGCUUCAUAUUAAUUUGCAAUGGAAUGAUAUUACCUAGUAAGGCACCAAAUACUUGGGAUUUGUCUUGGGGUGCUUUGAAAAUCUUCACGAAUUAUACUUAAAUAUGUGGGGAAAUGAUAUUGGUAAUUUAGGAAUUCAUAACUUUUUUAAAGGUAUGGAUAUUGCUUAUAAAAGUUCAGAUAUUGAUUUAGAUUCUUUAUUUAAAAGCAAAAAGAAAAAGAAAUCAAACAACAAAUGCUAGAUUACUGAUGAUUCCUUGAAUCAAGAUGAUUCAACUAUUUAAUUAUAAGAAAGUAUUUUGAAUAAUCAAUCUUAAGAAGAGAGCCAAAAGGAUACAGAAUAAAAACUAAACUAACAUGAAUGUAAGGAGACUAAUAAUGAAGAAUUUAAAUAAGAGGAAAAUGAGUUAGAAGAAGAAGAAGAAAAUGGUGAUAAUAAUGAAAAUAACAAUGAUGAAGAAGAAGACGAUGAUAAUGAUGAGGAUUCUGAUGAUUCAAGCAGCAAUAUUCAAAAAAUAGAAAAACUUUAUUCUGAUAAUUAUAAGAUCCUUGCACAAGGUUUAACCAAAUUGCAAAGACUCGCUUUAAAUUUUAAAUUUACAAGAAUAUCCGAUCUUGCUCUUAGCUUUAUUAGCAACUGCUUGAGUUGUGCAAAACAGCUCAAGGUUUUAGAUUUAAAUGUUUCAAGCAACAAAAUAACAUCAUAAUCAAUAGGCGAGUUUGCUUAAUUUUUGGAAGGGAAUGAAAAAAUUCAAGAGUUAAAAUUAAAUUUUAAAGAUAAUUGCUUGUAAGCUGUAGGAGUACAAAAACUUGCAUAAGGCUUAUAGGGCUUGAAAUAAUUAACUUCUCUGAAAGUAAAUAUACAACAUAAUAAUAUAAAAGAAGCAGGAGCAAUUGCUUUGAUUACAGCAAUUAAAAGUUGUGAAAAAAUACAACAGCUGUCUCUUGGAUUAGUCAGUAAUUUUAUUUAGGACAAGGCUGCUUCUUACAUUUCUAUGAUAAUUAAUCCAAACCUAACAAAACUAAAAAUAGGAUUAGGGAGCAAUAACAUUUGGGAUUAACCUGUUUAGUCAAUUAUGGAGAGUAUUAAAUGCUGUUAAAAUAUGGAAUAAUUGAAUCUUGACUUUGGGAAUAAUGCCAGUCAGCAGACAAAAAAUUCUUUGAACUUAGAAAGUGCUUUGUAUAUUUCUGAAGCUCUUUUACUUUUAAAGAACAGUUUAAAGAAGUUAACUUUGAACCUGUUUUGGAAUAGAAUUUAAUCAGAAGGCUGUAAAAAUUUAAUCAAUGCAAUAUUAGGUUUAAAAUACCUAGAAGAGUUAAAUUUAAAUGCUAAAUGGAAUCGCAUAGAGGAAAAUUAUGGAAGAAAAUCAAUAAUACCACUUCACUCUCUAACAAGCUUGAGAAAGAUUAAGCUAGAGUUUGGGAUAGACAACUGGGCAGAAAAUAAAGAACUUACUAAUAAAAUUAAUUAGCGUAGAAUUUACAAAAGAUAGUUUCUUUAUAAAUUAUUAGCCACAAAAAAAAGUUAAUAUCAAGAUAAAUUUAGGUAGGAAAUACUUGAUGAGAUGCUAUUAGAAUUUCUUUAUGUUUGAAUUCAAUAUAAAAGUUUCUUUGUUUAUUUUGCUUUUUGUUAUCUUUUUUUGUUUAUUUGUUUUUCAUGCUUUGAAAAUAAGCC